AAUUUUUUCAAUUUUCUUUUUCGUGGCGAUAUUGUACGGUCGUCUUCUACGGGAGAGUCAAUUUAAAACGCGGAAAAGCCUAUUCGUGUUCGAAUCUCUGUUCAAUGGCGCUAAAUUAACCUCGUUAAUCACUCCCUAGACUACACUUUCCUAAAGCUUAGAAUCUCGUUAUGCAAAGUAUAGGAUUCUGAGAUAGUCGUAUAUGAUUCUGAGUUCGAAUCUUUGAAAUACGAGAACCAGAAUUUAGGGUUUUUUUUUUUAUAAUUUUUUUCCAGCACGACAUGUCGUCGGGAAGACCCAAAGACGGCGAUAUGCGGAUGGUGGUGGCGCCGGAUAAAGGUAGCAGCCUUGCUCUACCGCCCAAACCGCCGUCGGCUUCAGGAUCAACGGCGCUUGUGGAGUAUACUCCGCCUGUGGUCGUGGAGGAGGAUGAGGACCUAGAGAUUAAGCUCCGUCGGAUCCUUGAAAACGUCCCUGUCCGUGUUAGCAAUACGUCCGGCAGUUCAGCAGGUUCUGGCUCAGGUGACUUCCAUCAGUAUCGGCAGAUGAGACGGAAAGAGCAAGAUAGGCUUGCUCGGAUGGACGUUGAUUAUCAACGGAGGAAAGAACUGGCUGAAUUCACUCUUAGAAGAGAGGAAAGAUUGAAAGCUGCUGAGGAAAGAACGGCUAAAAAACGUUUGAAACGUCAAAAGAAAAAACAGAGGAAAAGAGAAAAGAAGAGUAAGGUGGGUGCCAGUGGAGAAGACAAUAAGAAAGAAGAGUCCUCAGAUGAAGAAGACUCCGAAGAUGAUGAGGAAGCUGCAAAAUGAACAAGUGUACAUUAAAUAUUUGACUUUGUAUCUUAAAAUUUUGGUUCGAGCUUUGUCAUCCCAUUGCGUCUCAAAGUAAAGCAACUAAAAACCUUUAAAUUCAUUUGCAUAUUUAGGCUUGCUCUGCUGUUUGUAAUGGAUUGGAUUCCCUUGGUUGUAAUUGUUUGGAGUCGUAACAUUAGAUGGAUCAGAAAAUAUUUAGUGGAUGAUAACUAAAUUUUCUGACUUGGCUCACCAUUUGGUUUCCCUACCAUUAAAGGCAUUUGCAAACUUCUGUAGGUUGCUGAUAAUGCUCUACUUGUUUAGCUGCAUCUUAAUUGUACAAGUUGCCUAGGCACGGUAUUUGAACGAACAGUUGGAUCCUUACUCGAACUGAAACCAGUCACAUUCCAAAAUUAUUUAUUUAUUAUUAUUAUUGUUAUUUGGUAA